UCGAUUUAUCUCCCCUGGACUCCUCACUCGAUUGCUUUCGCCUUUCUCUUUUCCACAUGUGUGCUGUUAGGAAAAGAAAACAUGGCUGCGCCCGCGAGUGAUGUACAGCUGGUCCCUGCCAAAAAGCCAACAGUCCGAGGACCGCGGCGGGUCGCCAAUCAAAUCCCAGAUGAAAUCCUGCAGGACCCUGAGUUACAGGAAGCUAUCAAAGCUCUGCCUGCAAAUUACAACUUUGAGAUCCACAAGACGGUUUGGAGAGUGAGACAAGCAAAUUCUACAAGAGUGGCUCUGCAGCUGCCAGAGGGCCUGCAGAUGUUUGCCUGUGUCAUUGCCGACAUCAUUGAGAGGUUCACAGAAGCGGAUACCAUCGUGAUGGGGGACGUGACUUACGGGGCCUGCUGCGUAGAUGACUUCACCGCCCGAGCCCUGGGAGCCGACUUCAUGGUGCACUAUGGCCACAGUUGUCUCAUCCCCAUCGAUUCUACAGCGGGCAUAAAGAUGCUUUACGUGUUCGUGGACAUCCAGAUGGACAAUGGACACUUCCUGGAUACGGUCAAGUUCAACUUCCCUGCUGGACAAUCUCUGGCACUCGUCAGCACUAUUCAGUUUGUGGCAGCACUGCAGGCCGUGAGUGCAGCUUUGAAGCCGGAGUACGAUGUGCUAGUCCCGCAGUGUCGUCCUCUGUCGCCAGGAGAAAUUUUGGGCUGCACCUCACCUCGCUUGGACCGCCAUGUCAACGCCAUAAUUUAUCUGGGAGAUGGAAGAUUUCAUCUGGAAUCAAUCAUGAUCGCGAACCCAGAUACCCCUGCCUACAGGUACGACCCCUACAGCAAGGUGUUCAGCAGGGAGUACUACGACCACGAGGCCAUGCGUGCCUUAAGGCUCCAGGCAGUUGACAAGGCUCGCUCAGCCCAGAGAUGGGGCCUGAUUUUGGGCACGCUGGGCCGGCAGGGCAGCCCAAAAGUCCUGGAGCAUCUGGAGUCAAAGCUGCAGUCACACGGCAAGUCUUUUACUCGGGUUCUCCUGUCUGAGAUUUUCCCCAGCAAGCUGGAUUUGAUGUCAGAUGUGGAUGCGUGGGUCCAGAUCGCUUGUCCACGCCUCUCUAUCGACUGGGGCACAGCCUUCUCCAAACCCCUGCUGUCCCCAUAUGAGGCAGCUGUAGCUUUGCAGGAGGUCAGCUGGAAGGAAGUCUACCCCAUGGACUUCUACUCCAAUCAGAGCCUGGGGCCGUGGACGCCCAACCACCCGGACAACCAGCCUGUGCGGCCCACUCGCAGACAGAACCAGAAACAAGGCUCCCAGCCAGCCCUUCCUCCCAAGCAGUGUGGGCAGGACCAGUGCGCCCCCUGUGGCUGUAAAGGAGAGUGACACGCCAGGACCAGUGCUGUGUGUGUGUGUGUGUGAUUCGUCUCAUUGCCUGCCGGGUGCCUUUGCCUCUGUAAUGGCUGCAGGGAGGUCAAACCAGAGGAGGAGGCGGAGGAGGCGGAGGAGGACAGUGGGUAUGUGUCCAGACAGUCUAUCAACAGAGCAGUGCCAAAGCCAGAGGAAGCCCUCAGCCCGCUCCUCAAAUGGAUUACCAGCCAUAAAUAAUCCCUCGUCUUACAGCACAGCAGUUCAAAACCCAAAUUCAUUGCUCUUAUUCACGUUCUCCCUGCAUGGGCUCUGAGCUCAAAAUAUGCAUGCAACUGAGAGAAUAGCUCGAGCGUUUAUGAGCUCAUUUGUCAAAAAAAUUCCCCAUGAAGGAGCUGCUCUCUGCUGUGCUGUGAAAAGGAGUUCUUCCUGCACAGGGGAAACAUGUGGGCCUUUCUGUAAUGGAGACGCGGCUCAUGUUAUUGUCGCGGGGAGAACGUGUGAGGUGACCUUGUGCACACAGUGUGGAAUUGAAGUGUCUGUGGAUGUGGGAGGCUUUAGUCAAACUUGUCCUUGGUUGAAUUGCUGUAUAUAGUCAGACACUUGAGAUGUUAUCUUUAUGAUUGAUUUAAAAGGUUGUAUGAAGCACUUUGUUUGAUGUACAUUAUGUUAGUUUUUACAAGAUAAUCCCACUGAAGUACGAGUGAUGACAAUGUAAUGUAUUAUUACACAAACCUCCUCUGUCUUUUUUAUUCAAAUUCUAAAACAUUAAAUGAGUAACAGAG